AUGGUGAACUUAUCACCUGGUCAAGUCAACGCUUUCAUCUGGUGUCUUCUUAUCGGUUUCACGGGAUGGCUUCUGCACUGGCUUCUCGCCUACGUCUCUUUAUGGCGGCGGGGAAACCAGUUCCCGGGUCCCAAGGGUCACCUCCUCUGGGGAAACACGGCAGAGCUCAUGGGAGCUGGAAGCAUCACCGACCUUAUUGCAAGGCUUCACUCGGAGUACGGUCCCGUUGUAAGGCUCUGGAUGAGCCCGACGAAGCUGCUUAUAUCGAUUCGCGACCCCGCGCAGGUUCGCAAGGUGCUUAUGCGAGCUCUUGAACGACCGCCUGCCUUCAGCCGAAUCAUGGCUCGCUGCCUCGGAGCGGAUUCCACUCGCUUCUCUUCCCUCAUGCAGCCGCGAGCACGUAGAUCCUUCUUAGAUUACCACUGCCAUACCACGCUCAAGUUUCAGGUUCACGAGGUGACGUCAACCGUCGUUCACAUGACGUCACGCCACUGGACGUCCGUGGCCGGGUCCGGCGGGGAGAUCGACGUGGGUGGUGUAGCUAGGGAUAUGGCGGUUGGUGUACUCGGCGGUUCUCUUUUUGAAGCGACUCACGAGGGUUUUCUCUCCGCCAUGCUGUCGGAACGGUCCCGUUAUGGGCAACCUCUUUAUAACGAAACGACAGCAUUGGCGGAAGCUGCUUCCCUCAUGCUUCACGGCCAUCUCUCGGUUCCCGGGCUUUUGGAGCGAGUGCUCGUCGCGCUCGCCGCGCACCCCGAUAUACAGGACAAAGUCGUACAGGAAAUCCGCGCUGUAGCGAAUGGCGGGUCGCCUACUGACGAGGAUUUGCAGAAACUGGCUUAUCUGAACGCUGUCAUUUACGAGACGUCCCGCUUAAUGCCGUGUCAGCCGCUGGUUACCAGAUGCGCGCUCUCGGAAAACAUACGUCUGCCUGUCUCACCAUCACCUCAGUUUGAUAACAGCAGUGACGGAGGGUUUCGUUCUGCGAGUGAGGGCUCCUCUCGUGGGGAUACGCAUGGGGAUGUGCAGGGCAGUGGGGAUGUCGACAACACGCGGUUUCUUUCGGUUCCCUCUGGGACCGUUUUGGCGCUGCCCAUGCAUCUCCUGCAAACGGAUCCUUCGUUUUGGGGCGACGACGCUUUGGAGUUCCGCCCCGAGCGCUUCAUUCGGUUCAGAAUGCAGCAGGAGAAGAAUGAGAGCGAUGAACAGGCAGGGAAGGAAGGGAAGCGAAGGAGGGAAGGCAAGGGAAGCAAGGGAGGCAAGGGAGACAAGGGAGACAAGUCAGAAGAGGUGGAGCAGAAAGGAGAGAGGGAAGGCGAGGGGAAGGAGGGGGAGCAGUGGAGGGAGGGGUUGCUUCCAGGGCGAGACUACGAGUGUGUGCCGCCGGAGCAGGGAGAGCAUUUUCUCAUGUUUGGAGGCGGGCCACGGUCGUGCGUGGGGCUGCGGUUCUCCUUUAAGAUCGUGCGCGCAGUUGUGGCACUGCUGCUGCACCAGUUCGAGAUCUCCCUGUUGCCCGACAUGCCCAACGCCUUCUCCUCUCAGCUGCACAGCCUGGCCCUCCACCUCUCUCCCUCCCCUAAGAUCCGAGUCUCCAUGCGCACGCCCAUCCCUACCAUGGACCCAUGCGACACUGUUGCUCCUGCUGAUGAUGAUGAUCCCACUUGCAACACUGCAAGUUUUUAG